CGCAGCGGCAGGGCUUGGAAAGUGGAAGAGCUUAGGUAGUAGAGGCGGCUUGCGCUUGAAGUUGUACGUAGAUCGACAGCAUGAUGCCGCUGUUUGCAGGGUCCAUGCAGUCUCUCCUUUGAGUCGCAUGUAUCACCAUGUCUCACAGGAUCAAUCAAUAUUCUUGCCCUUUGCUUCAGGGACUUUGUGUAGAGCCGCAAGUGACACUUGGAAAGUCACUUCCACUAGUACGCAAUUCUGUCGCUUUUACUGAAUGUUGGUUGCGCCCUCUUAGCUGUCCUGACGUCCCUAAGCUGGCGGCAUGUGGCUCAUGCAUACUCAUUAGCAGCACCAGCAGCGUCCUCGCUUGGUUCGUUGGCAGAUGUAUCUUCAAAACUUGCAAGCGUUAGAUCAGUAUUAGUUCAUUGAAGAAGCUCAUGCUUCAAUAUAGCGGGCCCCUGGGGUUCUGAUGAGAGGUAGUAUUCCAGGUCUGAGAGCAACCGUGCUUGACUCAUAGGACCAGACUCCGUAAGAAGAACUCCUAGAGUAACGUACUUAUAGAGCAUUUUUAUUCUGUAUUUUUAGGGUUUGGACCAUUCUAGGGUUUCAGCAUUCUGAGCUCAUGGACUCCCUUAUUCCUGGUCUCCCUGACGAUGUGGCGAAGCUGUGUCUGGCUAGGAUACCUCUGCAUCUGUACACAACUGUCCGCUCCGUGUGUCGCUCAUGGGGGCAGUGGCUUAUCGAUGAAACAGGGGAGUUGGCAAAGAUGCGGCGAGAUGCUGGGCUGAAGGGCGAUCAACUCUUCCUUCUCGUAUGCAAGAGCAUGUACUCUGAAACACAGGAUGGUCAGGAAAAUUUGGGGAACUACUCGCACCUCCCAUGGCUCUGGAAUGGAAGGCGCUAUGCAAAGUUUUCAUACCGUCUGGCGAGGGUGGAGUUUGAUGCAGCGGGCCAGAUUGUCAUGGAGUAUGUGGGGGACGAGUUGACCUGCAAGCUGCCGUUUCCGUAUGCAAAAGCCUUCGAGACGAUGAUCUCCAUUGGCCGCAACCUAUUCCUGUUCCGCAUUGGACGAGAUGUUUGGCGGUGUGACACGGCCACCGGUCGAUGGCAGCAGGUUGCCACCCGGAACUGGUAUGAAAAGAGAUUUGCAUGGGGGGUGAUCAAGGGUCAGCUGUACAUCGCGGGGGGCCAAAGCCACACCGCAGGAGGCACGUCGAUCUCUGCGGAGGUGUAUGAUCUCGAGAAGGAUAAGUGGUCGCCCUUGCCAACCAUGCCUCAAGUUCGCGGAAGAAGCCAGGGUUACAUCACGGAAGAAGGCAAGUUUUUGGUUUUCGGGACGGAUUCUCGAAGCAACAUCGAGCCGGCGGCCCUAAUUUAUGAUCCGGAUGCGAUCGCCAGCGGGUGGUCGAUACUAGAGAAUUUCUGGCCGUUUGGGGGAAGGUUGGUUGGAUCAGCUGUUGCGGGGAAACAGUUGUAUGUAGCUUCCGAGCACGGACCCGCAGAGUUCGAGCUCAGGCAGUUCAACGGGAAGGCUUGGAGGUCUUUGGCUUGUCGAGGGGGGGAGGGAGUUUUGAAUCAUUGUGAUGCGUUGAUUGCGCUUGAUGGGGGACUCUUGAGCGCAGGAUGGUCAGGCGAUAGCAGUUGGUUGAGAGCCCCACUAGCAGGUUCGGUCAUGCGGAGCGGACUUGCCAAGCUGCGACAUCUUGAAAGAUGGACGCCCGCUGGUGAGGAGAUCAUUGUAGCAGCUGUGGGUGCUUGAGAGCAAGCAGUGUGCAAGCAUAGAUGAUGUGUACAUUCGACUCGGAAGGGCAGCUUAUAAUGACAAAUCUGGGAAUCGAGCCUUCUGUCGUUGGGAUCUCAGUUUGCAUCACACGAAUCUUGGCACUCUCUAACGCUAACAUAUGCUUUCAUGACAUAUUUGAUCGCACACUUGUUUUUGAUCAUUACUGCAAAGAAAAGG